AUGACUUCCCAGACGGAACAAAAACCUUUACCAUACCAUGAAGAAAUACAUCAAUAUUUUUUAAAGUUAUCAAAUUUCUUGAAUAUUGCCACUACAGAAAAUUCUAAUGCUAAUCAAAAAGUUACUAAGGAUCGCUCAAACUCUGUAAGAGCUCAGAAAGCUAGAGCUAAAUUAUUAAAGUUAUCACCAUUACAAUUCUACGAACUUUGUACAGACGUUACUGAUGAAUUGAACAGAAGAAUAAAAGAGAAUGUAACUAAAAACGAGAAUAAUAAUAAUAAUAAUAAUAAUAAUAAUAAUAAUAAUAAUAACACCUCUACUACAAAUAAUAAUCAAGAUGAUAAAAGUAAAGAUUAUUUAUUACCGAAAUUAAAUUAUCACGUAAAGAGAAACCAAGCAAGACAAAAAUUGUCUAACCUCUCACAAUUAAGGUUUAAUGAUUUAAUUGAUGAUAUUUUAUUCGAAAUGCGGAGAAGAGGAUAUCAUAUCAUUAUAUUUGGUAAUGAAAAUGUACCAGACUCUAAAACGUCCUCUCCAGAAAUCAACAAUUCUCAAAAUAUCAAUACAAAUAGACCAGAAAAUCAAGAAAAUAGUAAAUAUGACUUAUCUAAUAAUAAUAAUAAUACUGAACGUACAAUUGAUUCAAAUAUCACUGUUCCUUUGCCUUCAGUGAUUCAAUCAUCCUUAAUAAUACCCCAAAAAGCUUCUAUUGAUUGGUCAGAAGAAGAAGAAGAGGAAGAGGAUGAGAAAGAAGAGGAACGCAAAAAAGAACAAGACCACGAGGAGGAUAAAUCUAAAACUAAUAAUUCUGAAAAUAUGAUGAUAAAUAAACCAAAAGAAGAAGCAUAUACAGAUCAAAGGAAGUUGAAACCUAAUUAUUUUCAAAAUGAAGAGUUUGAUCCUACCAGUGAUAAUGAACUCGACAGUGGUAAUACAACUGAGGAUCUUAUUAGAUCUAACUCGAUGAAAAAUCCGUUUAAUUCUUCUACUAAUGAUACAAUUAAUACUGUUUCAGAAGAUGGUGUUAUUAAUAUAGCAAGUCUCAAAUCAAAUAAUCCCUUAACAUCACCACCUGAUGUGAGAAAUACUACAAACAAUGAGGAGAGUAUUGAUGAUAAGACUAAAAUAUCUAUUGGUAUACCUAAAGUCUAUGAUACAAACCGUGAAAAUGUUGGUGAUAACCAAUCACUCAAUGAAAAGGAUAAUAAGUUGGGUGUGGCUGAUCAGUUAUUAGUACAAGAGAAAUAUGAAGACCUUUCAAUGGAACCAUCUAAGCAAAGUUCAAAUAUUUUGUCUCUUUCUGUAGAACAACCUACUGAUCCUUCCCUUCUACAGUCGCCAAGUUCUAUCUCACACUUACAGAAUGAAUUAAUAGUAUUAAAUAAACAAUUAACAUCUCUGUCUAUUGAGAAUGAAAAACUAAAAACCAAAAUCUCUGAACUAGAAGUGAUGAAUAGUAGUCAACAAAAUUUAAAUAAUGAUAAUAACACAUUUCACUCUCCCAACACUUUAGCUACUACAGAUAUUGAGAAAAAUAACUAUAUUCUUUCUUCUUUAAAACAUGACAAUAUUUCUCAAUUUAUCAAAGAAUAUGGUAUCAUUCCUGAAACAUUAAUUGUCAAAUUGUACAAUGUUGUGAAUGAGCUAUAUACUCACAUUGAUAGCACCAGAAAAAAUAGUACGAAUUUAACUAACAUGACCAACAGCAUUAGUUUCGGUAAAAUGCUUUUUCAACUAAUUAACCAAUUCUAUAGUAUUAUUUUGAAGAUCAUUGAUUUGUUAACUCAAUCAGGAGAAAAAGAUACAAUUGUGCUAUUAAAAUCAACAUUUUCAAAUUUAAUCACAACAUCGAAAUAUUUUGCUUUAUAUUAUCGUAUCCUUCCUAAUAUUGUUAUUAUAUCGUCUAUCAAUGAAUGUAUUUUCAUCAUUAUGGACAUCAUCAAUAUCUUAAAGGUUAAGAGAGAUACAACAGUAAUGGCAGAGAAUUCUUCUAAAGAAACGAAUAUUCUUAGCUUAAAAAUAAGUGGAGAUCUAUCAGAAAUGCCAUUGACAACAUCCUCUGAUUUAACCAGAAAUAAUCAUAUGGGUGACAUAAAUAGUUUAGAGAAUUCUCCAGUGAAGCCUCUUAGAAUAAUUGAAAAAGUUGCAAGUAGUCCUUUAAUCACAGGGGUUAGUAGUAAUGACUCAAAAACUGUAGUUGCUGCAGCAAGGAAACCAUCUAAUAAUGUGUUGUUAUCAUUAACAAGUAUGGUGAAAAAAAAUUCAACCGAAAAAUUGAUUGUUAAUAAAGGUAGUAAAAACACAAAAAAUAGUGAAAUUGUUUCUGACACUUCUGUUAAUAUGCUAGUUCAAAGAAGUACCCCAAACUUGGUUAAAAAGAUGGCAUUUGAUUCAUCCUCGACAAGUUCUUCUUCUGAUAGUGAGAGCAAUAAUAGUAAUGAUGAUGAUGAUGAUACACAUGAUUUGUUACAGGAGUUGAGGAAGCAGAAAGAGGAAGUAGAUUCACAGCUGCAAGAAGCUUCAUCUCCUAAUGAGGAUACAAAUAGUUGUUCUGUGAAGACUUUACAUAAUGAUGAUAAAGUAUGUCAUAGCAAUUUAAGACCAGCUAUAGGAUUUGACGACAAAAAUACAUUAGAAGAAGAACUAUCUGAUAAGCAUGAAUUAGCAAAGGAGGAGUCAGUAGAAAGAGAAUCAGAUAUACCUAGAAGAAGUACGUCUAAUGAGAGUGAUACUAUUCCCGAUAUAAAGAUGAACAAUGGGUCGGAUCUGCAAGUUAGUCAACCAAAUAUUAAAGCUAACUCUCAACCCAACCUCAUAUCCUCUCAUAACAAUGAAUCCACCUCUGAUGCUGCAUCAUAUGCAACUACAAAUAAUGAGUUACCUUCUGAGAUCAAUGUGUAUCCUUCUUCACAUACACCAAGUGUGAAUAUGAUACCCUCAUCAUCCUCAAAUAAUAAUAUUUUGAAACCUACAAGUAUUCAAAAAGUCACAGAUAUUGACAAGAGGAAUAGCAACUUUGAAAGCUCAAACAUUCAAAAUGAAAAUGAAAAUAUUGCAAUUGAUAAUAGUAUUUCUUCUGAAAAGAGAGAGGAGGUUAGAAGUAAUAACGAUGAUGUAGUCUUACAAUCUAACAAAAGUGCUGAUAAACCAGAUGAACCAACUCUUGUUAAAGAGGAAACAUAUGUUUCUUCAAAGGUUGGCAAUUCUUCUUUAUCACAUAACCCAAAUACAAAUCCAUCAUUAGAGUCGAAUACUUCACCAAUAAUUAAACCAUUCAAAAUUACAAAGCUAGAAGCUCGUUCAUUGAAAAAAGUUAAUUUAUCUUCAAAAGAUAUCAACAAUGAGAGUAUACCUGGUCUUGGUAUAACACUUGGUGAAAGUACUGAUAGUUCUAGUAAAGCUAAUAAUAUGAAUAAGGUUGAGACCAAUUCAGAAUUAUCUGAUGAUAAGGAAAUGAAAUUGCAAAGUAAUGAUAAAAAAUAUGAUAAUAAUAGAAAUAUACAUGACCAUGUGUUCUCCAACACUAUCUCAACGGAUAAAAAGAAAGAGGAUAUUGUUAUUAAUGAAAAUUUAGAAAACACCCAAAUGGAUCGUUUUGAUAUAUUGGAAAGUAAACCAUCUAAUAUAGAACUUCAAAAUAGUGAUAAAUUAAAAAUGCCAGAUUCACAUGUGACUAAUGAGGAAAGUUUAAAUGAAAACUAUUCGCGUCAACCUUCAGUGACUAUACAUCCCUUAGAAUCAAUAAAUCAGCAGUUUUUAGAAAAGAAAAAUGUUGUGGGAGGUGAUAAUAACCAAUAUAACGAUAAAGAUGUUGAUUCUCGCAUAUCUCAUGAUAGUUUAGAUUUAAAUCAAACCAAGGAUGAAAGAGAAUUGGCUGAUUUGGAAGAAACUCCUAAGCCGCUUAAACUCAAACAACAUGAGCAAAUUCAUGGAGAUACACCUAAGCAUUCAUCUAUAGAAGAGAAUUUACAUCAUAUAUCAGAUAGAUCUAUAAAAAAUGAUAAUGAACUUGAUAAUGAUCCAAUUAUGGACGAUGAUGGCAUCCAAACUAUUUCAUCACAAGGCAAAAAUGUUAAUGGUAUGUCAAAGGAAGCUAGUGUAAAAGAUAGUCCGGUCAGCAAGAAAGAAGAGUCGUCAUUAAUAAAUAAAGCAGAGGAAGCGAAAAUGGCAAAUAAUAUUUCUGAAGAUAGUGCUAAUAAUCUAGAAAGUGGCUCGGAGGAGGAAAGUGGUACUGAAAGCUCUGAAUCUGAAUCAGCUACGGCCUCAGAUUCCGAUUCCGACUUUGAAUCUGGAUCAGAUUCCACCGAAGGAGCAGAUUAUGAUAGUGAGGAAGAAGAUGAGGAAGAAGCUGAAACAGAUUUUGAUGUCGAAGCAUUUGAUAUCGAAAAUCCAGAUAAUACACUAUCUGAGUUACUAUUGUAUUUAGAACAUCAAACUGUUCAAGUUAUUACUACGAUCCAGUCACUGUUAGCUUCUAUAAAACAACCUAAAUCUACGAAAGGUAAUUUAAGGACAGAAUCAAAUGCAAUUAACCAAGUCAUUAAACAAAUGGUUGGUGCUACUUCGAUUUCAAUGAAUCAAAGCAGAAAUGCAAAUUUGAAAGAACAUGGUAGUUGGGUUGUUCAAAGUUUGGAAGAUUGCUCACGUCGUAUGAUAACAUUGUGUCAACUAAAUCCCGAUGGCGAGAUUGAAGUUAUGGAUAAUGAUACAGAUUAUGCUGAUAAGAAUUUCAAGCAAAGAUUGGCAGGCAUAGCUUUUGAUAUUGCCAAAUGUACUAAGGAAUUAGUCAAGACUGUUGAAGAAGCUAGUUUAAAGGAAGAGAUUGAAUACUUAAAUUCCAAAAUUCACGAAAAAUAA